AUGACGAUACUUGUGAUGGAUGAGAACUCGAACCAGAGUGAGCGGAACGAGAUCGUGCAGAGUCCCCGGGCAAGCUGCAGGCCGUGGUGGUGGACCGCGUCGGCGUGUCCCCGUCCCAGAUCUCGGCGUCGCUGGGCCGGCCGCGCCGCCCGCGCUGCGCCGCUCGACGACCCCGCCGACCUCUGCCGUCGUCGCGCGCGAGGGGCCCGGCUGCUACGCGUGCUCGCCGCGCUCCGCCACUCCUGCUGCGACCGCAAGGCCAGCGCCGGGAUCCUCCUCUCGCCCUUCCAGCAGCAGCCGCCGCUGCCCAAGAAGACCCCUCCUCGCCCCCCUUCCCCGGCGCCGUCCCCGCCGCCGCCCGCGUCCCAGAUGCAGCUCGCGUCCCGGCCGCUGCGAGAUGCAGCUCGCGUCCUGGCCGCGCAUGCUGCAGAUGGCCUGGACCACGGCGACCUCGACGCCGGCGCGACCUGCUGCUUCGCCUCCGACCACGACGGGUUGCUGCUCGCCGAGCGGCCGCGCUCCGGCAAUUUUCCACACUCGGACCCGCCCUACCGCAUCCCUCCUGAGCGCUUCUCCAUGCGCCCACGUAUCGGAUCCAGCCGGAUGUGCCUCGACGUCCGCCACGGACGCGUGCUCAUCAACGACGACAUGCGGAGUCGGUGGGCGGUGCUCUGCGCCGCCGGCGACCGGGGGCACGUGCAUGGCGCCUGCCACUCAAGCCCUUUUAAAGUGGUUGCGAUCAUCAGCAACGAGCACGACGAUGAUCUUUCGGAUGAAGAUGAUGAUUAUGAACCAGAAGUAUUGGCUAGUGUUUACUCCUCCGAGACUGACAUGUGGAGCGAUCUCAUCUCAACAGGUUUUCUGGGCAGGGGUAUUGACAUCUCUCUUCGCAGCACACUUGUUGGUAACACCCUUUACUGGCUGCUGGAAAGCACUUUCAUGCUUACGUUUGAUUUGGAGGCACAGAGAGCAGCUGUGACCGGGAGGUUUGCUGGUGCUCCUCGCGGUGGCAAUCUUCAGAUCAUCCAGGCAGAGGAUGGCACUGUUGGCUUUGCUGCUUUGUGCGACUUCCAUUACCGCCGCUGCUUGGAAAUCUGGGACAGGAAGAUUGAUUCUUAUGGAUUUCCCACGGGCGUGUUGCGGCAGACUGUUGAACUGCAGAAGAUUCUUGGAUUGGAGUCUAGGAUUGAUGGCAAAUCAUAUAUACUGCACUAUAUGGAGGAUGUUCAGGCAAUCUUAUUGCAGGUGCAGUCAUCUGUCUACAUGAUUCAGCUUGAAUCAUUGCAGCCUAAGAAACUUUUCGAAAGCACAGAUAAUUGCAUCUAUCGUCCUUUCACAAGUUUCUAUGCCGAAGAGGUGCCAUUAGCAGUUUGAAGCAGGAGCAGCUAUUCUCUGGAUGAUGUGCGCAGCCUGGGAUGCGACUGAAGUCUGAUUAUGUCAAUGUGUAUGGCUACAUGUACUGCAGCUGUCCUGCGGAAAUCAACUAAUAUGUUGACUGGCGUAGUGCUUCAUCUAUCAAUCUAUCUAUCUGUAUCUAAUAGUAUGUCAGUAUGUACUUGUUAACUGAAGUCUGAAAUGGUUGGGUUAUGUCGGCAGUGUUGGCCUUGACAAUGGACCUCCAGUUUGACUUGGUGCUGGCGCCAAAUUAUGGUUUGCCAAUGGUGUUGAGUACAUUUGAUAUAUGUUUUACUACCUGCCAA